CUCCUGUCUGUCUAUUCCUUCAAAGUUCAAAUGGACAAUUCCUUGUUCUGAGAACUGCUUCGCCCCCGCUCACGCAUCUUCGAACCAACGGCGUCGCCGAGUUGGUCUCCUCUUCCUCGCCGCCGCCUCAGAUCCGUGCUUGAGCCUCGCCGCCUCCGGUUCCGACUUCUGUGUUUACUGAUUGAUGGGGGGUGGAAGCUCUAGGGAUUCGGAAGCCAGGGAUUGGGAGUACGGAAGUAGCUACUCCCCCCGCGAGGCGCCUGACUAUUCGAGUUACCCUCCUCCGGCUACGGCUUCGGCGUACAGCCAUCCUCAGCCUCCCUCUCACGGCGAACCGUAUCACCCGCAGGGUGGGCGGCCGAGGAUCGACAGGAGGUACUCGAGGAUAAGCGACGAUUACCAUACCGUGGAACAAGUCACUGAAGCACUUUCGAGGGCUGGCCUCGAGUCUUCCAAUCUUAUUGUUGGUAUUGAUUUCACGAAGAGCAACGAGUGGACAGGUAAAGUUUCAUUUGGCAGACGAAGUUUGCAUCAUAUAGGUGAUACACCGAAUCCUUAUGAACAAGCUAUUUCUAUACUUGGGAGAACCUUAUCAAGGUUUGAUGAAGAUAACUUGAUUCCAUGCUUUGGAUUUGGAGAUGCAUUAACGCAUGAUCAAGAUAUCUUUAGUUUUUAUCCUGAUGGAAUGUCAUCUAAUGGGUUUCAAGAUGCUUUGCGGAAAUAUAGAGAGCUUGUGUGCCAUUUGCAUUUGUCUGGUCCAACCUCUUUUGCACCACUAAUUGAAAUGGCUAUGACCAUUGUAGAACAAAGUGGUGGUCAAUACCAUGUUUUAGUCAUAAUCGCAGAUGGUCAGGUUACAAGAAGUGUAGACACUCAAUCUGGUCAUCUGAGCCCCCAAGAACAGAAGACCGUUGAUGCCAUAGUUAAAGCAAGUGAAUUUCCACUGUCCAUAAUUUUGGUUGGAGUUGGAGAUGGCCCUUGGGACAUGAUGAAGGAAUUUGAUGACAAUAUCCCUGACCGUGCCUUUGAUAAUUUUCAGUUUGUCAAUUUUACCGAGAUAAUGUCAAGGAAUAUACCUCAAACAAGAAAAGAAGCAGUAUUUGCUCUUGCAGCAUUGAUGGAAAUACCUUCCCAGUACAAGGCAACCGUAGAACUGGGGAUUUUGGGCCGUCAAUCUAGAAAGUCUCCACAGAGGGUCCCUCUUCCUCCACCUAUUGGAGGUUACAGUGCAUCAUCCGUUUCAACUAAUAGUUACAAAUCGACAAGUUUCCAGAGGAGUGCUCCACUUUAUCCCGAGUAUGAAACAACUUCUAGUGCACCUCCUGCACCACCCAGUUCUUCAUUAGAACCACAGGUCUGCCCCAUUUGCCUCACCAAUGCGAGAGAUAUGGCCUUCGGCUGUGGGCACCUGACAUGUUCGGAAUGCGGACCGAGUCUUCAGACAUGCCCUAUCUGCCGCAGAGAAAUCAGUACCAGGAUAAAGCUAUACUGAUCAAUCGACCAACAGUAAAACUGAAACCCAUUCCCUGAUAAUUACCGAAUGGUUAAAUUUGUGUAUGCGAAUGCGCAAAUUUCAACCACGUGCAGUAAGAAUAUAACAUUCGAUUACGUUUUUUUCCCGUUAAGUAAUGAGGUCCUAUUUGUUUGAUAUAAACAAAUAUUAGUAUAUAGCCUUAGCUCUAGAAAACGAAGAAAGAAGUGUGCAAGCAGUCUCAGCAAGGUAAGAUUCCGUAUGCAAGUUUCUUUCCAAGUUUGUAAGUUCAUGUAAAUUGUGCAUGUCUUUUCCAAAGCAGUCUCAGCAAGGUAAGAUUCCGUAUGCAAGUUUCUUUCCAAGUUUGUAAGUUCAUGUAAAUUGUGCAUGUCUUUUCCACCGGUCUAUAAUUCGCCUAUGUAUUUUUUUACUUCUGUUUACUAAUGUCUAAUUUCCUUUCCAAGUAA